UGGAAGACCAGUUUUCGCGGUUCGCCCAGAUCCCGCGCAGCCGCCAGGAUUGGGUUUCGUACGUCAACAGUGGCGGCAAAAACCGCACCAAUGACGAGCGGGCCGAGGGCUGUGUUGUUCGUAGUGGCCAGGCCCAAGCUGCACCACCUCCACCGCCGCAGCCAACACCCGGCCCCCAACCUGCACCACCGCCGCGGCCAGUACCCCCGUUAUUUGCAGAGUCACAGCUCGUGAUCCAGCAUGCGGGGCUGAACGCGCUGUGCCAGUCGCCGGACGUGGUGGAGUGCAGGCAGUGGACGAGGACGCAACGAGGCGGACGAGCAACUGCUACGACCACGAACGCCCCAAAUUCCUCCAACUCGACUUCCACCUAUGUGUCCGUCGACAUGAAGAAGAAUGCUGGCGCUCCUGGAAAUAAUAACGGCGCAGGAGACGUCGAUGGCUUCACCAUUGAGCUCGACCUUCCUGCAGGCGCGUUUUACGAUGGACGCUAUCCGGGUGUACCCGCGUACCGGUCGGGCAAGUACAUCGUGAAAAGCCGAAGACUGCGGCCCUCCUAUGUCCGGCGCCUGAAUCUGGAUCAGUUCUCUCCCAUUCGUUCCCAGCGCGUGGGCUGGGCGGACGCAGAGCUCACGCUCCCCGGCGCGAGGACUAGUGCGAGUACGGUCCCAAUUUUCCUGAAAUUUGACGAGCUCGACUUUCGCAACGUCGACCUCGCCAAGGGUUUUCUGCACAACGCUGAAAAAAUUUCAGAUGUGUGCCACAGGGUUGCGCUGGGUAUGACCUCGCUCCCCGCAUUCCCAAGCCUAGAAAAGGAGGCUGGUGGCGUGCAGGGAGGUGUAGUUGAAGGCGAGCGCAUGAGACGAUUUCUUAGGAUGCGACCCGUUCCCGCUCCGACCAUCCUCUCCGUAAUCGGUGAGCCCGGCAAAGAGACCGGCUGUGGCUUUUUGACGAUAAUGGCAAAGGCUGAUGACGACGAGUUGUCCACCCCGAAGCCGCCGACCGCACCUGGACCACGAACAAGCUCCGUUCUGGCUCGGCGGUCGAUGCCCUUGAGCGACGUGUUGCGGGCCGUCAAGAGUGCCCGACAAGAAGCAGGCCACACCACAACUACAUUUCUGCAGCGGCGGGGGGCAGGAGCGCCAGGAGCAGCUGGCCGACCACGACGUAUCCUGAGUAAAAACGUACCCACACCAGAGUCAGGAUGGGGAUUUUGCAACACAAACCUAGGAGUUUUGUGAGUCACGCAUGAAAAGUGGCACUCUGCAGUGUAGUGCAGGUUAGCAAGUGCAGCCGCAUCACAAAUUCAUCUGACUGGAAAUGGCUCUCAUGCGGAUGUGCAUUACAAGUCUUCCUGUCUUUGCAAAUCUGCAUUACAACUGAACUCUGGUGUGGGUACGUUUUUACUCAGGAUACGACGACCAGCGAACACAACUACAACUAGGACACCAGCCUCUAUUGCCGCAGAUUUUGACGACGCCCUGCAGGCCCUCUAUACGGAUAGUACGUCGACUUCUACCGACUUUGUGCAGGGGCUGUACGCGGAGCUGGUGCGAAACUUGCGGACACUGGACCGGUCGGGUUUUUUAUACCUCGACCUGCACGGCUUGAACAUGUUGGUGCACUUUGAGCUUCUGGAAGUAGAAGACCCGUCGCAGCCCCCGGCUGCUCCACCUGCCGCGGCUCCCCUUGUACAACAAGUGCGGUAUGAAGUGUCCCUGGUAGAUUACAAAACCCUGUUGUACAUGCGGUCUGCGCAGAAAAACUUUGGCGGGCGGGAUGACAGCUCCUUGGCGGCCCUCAAUGACCACACGAGCGGAGGACGACGAGACAGCAGGCUUCUGCACGAAGAACUUCAGUUCGAGGUGACAAGAACAGCGCCAACACACCUCCCGGCUGCACCUGCUUUGCAGCCGCGACCACAGACCGUACGAAGCCUUUACGCUGUGAGGAAUUUACCAAACCAAUGGGGUGGCACGGGCGCCCACAUCAAGAAUUUGUUUUAUCACCUGCGCCACAGUCGCCGCGAUCCGAAUAAUGCGGGCCGAUCCUGUACAGCCUAUGGUGACGAGCUCUAUCCCUGGGACCAAUGGGCUCCGGACGCGGUCCCAACGGGCCCGAUGGCGGAUGAGCCGGUUGCGUACGACCUGAUUAGUGGCAUCAUGGAGGACAUAGCUUUCACAGCCUCGAUGAUGGGCCAAUCAUUCACAGACCUCCUCUCCUCUGGACAGAAAGAAGAGAUCGAGAUAGCCGUGCUAGAGGAAGACAUUGCCGCCGGCGUCUACCAGCACAUCCCAGCUGACGCGUGUUACGCGGCGCCGGCGGGAGGACCACAGCCUAGGGAGGAGAUGGACCGGAACCGCAUACGAGAGCGGAAUAGCUGCCUGAGGGAGCGCACGCAGUAAGUAGCGAAUGUGGCCCAUUGUGUGAAAGAAUGCGGAGACGAACAAAGCUGUGUUCGUCUAUUAUUCAAAGUCUAAUUGGAAUUUCCAAUACUAUAGAUACACAAGAAGAUCAUGACCGUGGUCGACGAUUCUCAUUUAUUAUUUUUAAAAAUGCGACAUUUAUUUGGUGCUUGGAUGAAAGUAGCAGUAUCCUAUUACGAUCCCGAUUUGUUCUUUUUUUUGUUAAUGGGCGUCGGGGUUGAAAGCUGUGUUUCCUUCUCGCGAUGUUUGCGCUACUUCAGAAGAGUACAUUGUGGCGAAAGACAAUAACACGACAUAAGAAAGAAAUGUGUAUAAUUUUUGCUUGUUAGAUUUCAUGCUGAGCGAGGCCUCCUUUUAGGCCCAUCUCAAAGUCUAAAAGGUUUCUGUUUUGUUCAUGCAAAAAUUCCUUUGCAUGCAAAAUCAGAAAAGAUUUUAUGCUUCUUGUUUUGGUCAACAAACAUAUUUUUUAAAUGUGAAAUUUUGGGGCUUGGAAGUAGUAGUAUCCUUGUACGAUUCAUCAGGAUGUUAAUUGGCGCCGGGAAGUUCCGGUUGAGAGCUGUGUUUUCUUCUCGCGCUGUUUGCGCUACUUCAGAAAAGGACUAAACACAAUAAAGCGACCUUAACACAAUAACGCGACAUGUAUAAUUUU